UGGCGUUGUCAGGAAAGCUGCUACUGUUGUAUCUCGGAGCUGGAGACAGUUCCCGAGUUCCUGAGUUUCUGAGUUGUGUUAGUGCGGACAAAGUUUGAUUAUUACACUGUUAGUGCUGAGAUAUACACUACACCUUCAUUAAAAGACCAUGGAGGAACACUGCUCCGACGGGAAAGCGGUGAAAUAUUACCGCUUGUCUGAAGUGGAGGAACACAACUCGUUCAAAAGUACAUGGAUUAUCAUCAACCACAAAGUGUACGAUGUGACAAAGUUUCUGGAAGAGCACCCAGGAGGAGAGGAGGUGUUACGAGAGCAGGCCGGAGGAGACGCCACGGAGAGCUUCGAGGACGUGGGUCACUCCACAGACGCCAGAGAAAUGUCUAAGGGCAUGAUGAUCGGAGAACUGCAUCCGGAUGACCGGCAGAAAAUUGGCAAACCACCCGAAUCACUUGUAACCACAGUUCAUGAAACCACAAGCUGGUGGUCGAACUGGUUGAUACCUCUCCUUGCCGCUGUGAUCGUCACACUGAUGUACCGUAUAUAUACGGCCGAAGAUGCAUGACCGAUUCUCACACACAAACACACUUUUAGUGGACUGUUGUUGUUCGCUGACACUGCUGUACCUAAUUUCCUCAGCACACGUUCUGAACUCCGAACUACAACACCCAUAACAUAACACAUUUCAGGGUAUUUUUUUCUUCCACCAGCCGUCACAGCUAUAAUUAAUGAAGGCUUUUUCUUUUUUUUCUUUUUUUUUUUUUUGGGUAGCUUUCCAGUUCGUACGUUAGGAUGAAAAUUCUACUAUUGUAACGUUCAGAUAAUAAGCUGUAGAAGUAUUCACGAGCGGGAAAUAUUUGGCCAUAUUCGAGACGCAUAUCCUAAACAGUAUAAAUGUGUAACGCUCGUAAGUGUCUGAUUGUGUUAUCAUUGUGUAAAUAUAAUUAUGGAAUUAGUGUUGCAAGCUUAUGUGUAAUAAAACUCAACAGGGUGGCAGUAGCUGCAUAAUGACUUCUAAUUACAUGUAGAAACCUUUGGAUAUUUCAACGUAUGCAAUUAACAGACAUCUAGCCGCCUGAGGCAUUUUAUUCAGUGAUUUUUAAUGAUUUAAAAACACAAAUAGAUCCAUUUUGGUCUGUGAAGGCGAUUCUUUUUCUUUUCGCUUGUACUAACUUUAUAUCACCGUUACGUGAUUUGACACUGGAUUACAACACCGACGUUUUUUGUUUUUUUAAACGCUGCUGCUGUCUUAUCCUGUUGUACGGGGAUCACCACUGGUUUAGGACUAGGUUCCCACUCUUAGUCCUACACAUUUGAGUGUUUUCCCUGCUCCCAAUCCCCCUUAAUUUUCUACUCAGCUAAUUAAUAGCCCUUCCUGAGGUGAAGUAGGUGCAUUAGAGAGGGGAAAAACACUCAAAUGUACAGGAUAAGUGAUACUCCAUCACCAGGGAUGGGAAAACAUAGCCAUUGUCCAUUGAUUUGGCACGUAUUCUGCAUAUUUUACUACUCCUAACAUAUCCGUCCCAGCUCACAAAGGGCUUUAUCAAUAUUGAGGUCUCGUACUAAGGACCACUGGGGUACUGAUGAAUAGAUACGGUGCUAAAGCAUUCCAUUUUAUAUCACUGAAGGUAAGCAAUGUAUUGUCAGGAUCAUUAUGCAUCAUGUUAAAUAUAUCACUGCUCACAUAUUUUGUAGCAACCCAAGUAUUCAUAUAUAUAUAUAUAUAUAUAUAUAUAUAUAUAUAUAUAUAUAUAUAUAUAUAUAUAUAUAUAUAUAUAUAUAUAUAUAUAUAUAUAUAUAGAUAUAUAGAUAGAGAGAGAGAGUGAAUGUGAGUGUAUUCAUAUCAAACACUUGUUUUCUUGUCUUUCUCUAAAGUGACCCAAAAUGUACAAAAUCAGAAGUGUUUCCAAAUUUCAUUUUGUCUGCUAUGUACUUUCACACACAGUCAGGCAGGAUAUACUGUUCUGGGCCAGUUCUGACACACACAGGCUCAAGGAAAAUGAAGGUUGAUGACACGUUACAGGAGAAGAGCUGUAUGUAAGCUUCCGUGUGACUGAUCCACUCAGGAAUAGCAUAAUGGUCAACAAAGCAUAGUUUGAAUCCUUUCCUGUUGCAGCAGGUGAUUAAAAAUUGAGCUUAUGUGCAAAAGAGUCAAUUUGAGGGUUUUUUCCCCCCAUUGUUCAUGCUUUAAUUGCAUUAAAGAACUAAUUAUGUGGAA